AUGAGUCUCCUCAAAGAACGUAAACCAAAGAAGCCUCAUUACAUCCCAAGACCACCAGGAAAGCCAUUUAAGUACAAGUGCUUUCAGUGCCCCUUUACUUGCAAUGAGAAAUCCCAUCUUUUCAACCAUAUGAAGUAUGGCCUCUGCAAAAACUCCAUUACUUUAGUAUCAGAGCAGGAUCGCGUUAUCAAGUGCCCAAAGACCAGCUCCUUGGAGCCCAAACAGAUCAAUCAGCUUGAAUCUACAGUCAAACCAACUUCUUCUAAAUCUGUCACAAAUGGACUGUCAAAUCUUGAUUCAAAGCCUCAAUAUCCUUUUGCAAAAGAAGACGCCAAGGAAAACGUAGAAGGGCACAACCAGGCAACAAACACGGGAAUUCAAGGACAAAAACCUGCGAUUCAGAAGGAAUUAAGCCCUGCCAGUACUACAACAGAAAGCACUAUCAGCAUGCAGCCCCUUCUGGACAGCAUUGUAAGGCCCUCCGCUUUUGUUCCUGUAGGAGAACACAGAGAUAGCAAAGCCCCGGAAACAAGCGAAGUAUCUGAAAUCAUAUCGCUCUCUAACAAAAGUUCACCUUUUCACACUAAAUCGGCAUUUCAUGCACCAAGUCACCCAUGGAAAGCAGGUUCUCCUUUCCUCCCAGAGUUUCCACAUAAAGUUGCUCCCACAAAAGGCUUUGGUUCCAUUUCACCUUACAUGCAACCGAUGAUUCCCGAGUACUCACCCCAUUUUUAUGAGCACAGGCUGGCUAUCUACACACCUUACUUGCUUCCAGGUAAUUCAGAGUGUGAAAGCUCUGCUCUGUCUGUCUAUGGCACACAAGAUCAAAGACACUUUCUUCCCCACCCUGGGCCACUUCCAAAACCCAUAAAUCCCUCAGCAUAUGAACACUAUCGAUUGUUCCAACAAUAUCAUUCCACUCCUCCGAUACCGUAUGGAUUUUGUAGGCCAACAGAUCCUUCAUUUUACAGAUUUUCACACAUAGCUGGUAUUAACAGAGAUCAAAAUUCUCACCUAAUGGAGGAAACUACCUUGCUGUAUCCAGCUUCUUUAAGCCCAUCCCAACAAUACCCUCUAAGUUCACAUAAAAAACAAGCAGAUUAUGAAAAAGAAAUGACGUUAUUGCAUGCCAAAAGUCAUUCCAAAGAUGACCAAAAUGAAAGAGAGAAUGCUAAAAUGAGCCCUCUCGCUGGAAGUGCGGCAACAGGCUCUCCCGGCAGACCUAGCCCAACCAACUUCACUCAGACAAGCCAUGCAUGUGAAGGCUUAUUUGACCUCUCUAACAAAUCAUCUUCCACAUCACUUGGCAAGUAUGAUCAACCAGAAGAAAACUUCACAGCUUUCAGACCUGUGAGAAAAAGCACUGAUCAACCAACUCUACUUCAAAGUGUGCAGACACAGCAAGAGAGAGGAGAUUCACCUACCAGCAUUAACGUCACUGAUGAAGAUUCACAUACACAGAAUGAAAACCGUAACAAUGAAGGCUCGCUGUCCAACACGGAAGAUGACACAGGGAUAGUUCCCCUUAAUCUUUCAAAAAAGGCUGACACAAACACAGGACCUAUUCAUGAGCACGCAUACAAAACCACAUCCAAAACAGAAAGUCAGAACUUUCUAGAUUUGCAAGACAUGCCUCUGAACCUCUCGGUAAAAGAUUCCUGUAACACAGCAAGCCUGAAAACAUCGUUCCACAGUCCAUCUCACGACAAUGGUGCUGCUACUGCUCCAAACACCGAAAACGAAACCUCUGGAGCAGAUGCGUGUAACCCCAAGAACCCUAUAAACAGUGCCUGCGACAAAUCUUCUUUCACAGCUCACUGUAAUGAAGCUCAAGACUUAAGAAUAAUUGACAGCUGUGAUGAACAGAAACAAACAGCAGCUGUAGCUCUCUGUCAGCUAGCUGCAUACAGCCCGAGCAAAGUUAGAAUGGACAACGAAGGGCAGAGUCCGCAGGACAGUAAUGCUUCAUGUACAGAAGCUACUCUUAAUUCUUCUGAUACUCAGGAUACACAAUGCAAUCAAAAAGUAAAAGGACAGAAAAGGACAAAUCAAAAAGAAUCAGCAAAAUCACAGCAAGGCACUAAAAGAGUAAGGCCAAAUGACUGUAGCAGAGUCUUCACUUUAAGGAAGAGAACAAGAGUAUCUUAA